AUGGCCACGAAGGACAUCAGGUACUCCUGCUAUGAUGAGCACCAGGUGGCGGUUUCAUUUGACGAGAUAGCUCUGUAUUCUGGAUGGUUGGCCGCCUGCUCGACCAUUGAUGUACGCUACCUUCCUGAGUGUGUCAUGCAUCAGUUUGGAUAUGAGCAGACGAUACCUCACGAUUCUCAUUUUUUAGCUCCCAUCGCCAUGACCCGCAGGCAGUUAGAUGAGGUCUUUGCAGACUGGAAGCAUCACAUGGUCCCUGAGGAGGCACAAGCGACACUAGUAGAGCAUGACUGGAGCUGUGCCGAGGGGUACAUCACAUGGUACCAUAGAGUCUCACAUCCAUACAUGCUUCCAGCAGCAGAGGGAUGUCCUCCCAGACCAUCCCACGAGGAGAUUCUUCUUGCGCAUCAGGCUCAGUUGGACCACACUGAGGAUCUUCUUCCUCUAUGUCGUCAGAUAGCUGACAGGGGCAUCAGAGUCAUUGCAUAG